CGGUUUGAAGUGCGGGCGCCUCGCGCAUACCAGAAAAGGACAUGUUUCUCGUGUGCCCGGACAUGGCGCUCCGCCUCGCCACUCUGUUGCCCGCGCUGGUACUGGCAAGUGAAUCGGAGGACGCCUGUCUGGCAGGGCAAGGGUGUGCUCUGGAUGAGCAGGACGAGACAGGGCUGCUGCAGAACAGUGCCACGAUGGCAGCCGUCGCGAAGCAGAGGCACUUCGAGGCGAAGCAUUCCCGCCGUCAGCCACAGCAUGACUCCCCGUCUGGCACGAGCAUUAAUACGAGCGCCGACAGCACAUCCGAUGAUGAUUCACAGCAAAUGAGCCUCAGCCUACAGGCCAGGCAGGUCCGUGUCAUGGCUCCCGAGUUUACGGAGUUCGUGAUCAACAACGCCAUCGGCAUCCACCCCAAGGCCCUGCUCAACUACGACACGAUCGACGCGGACACGAAGGCCGUCAUCGACGCCAAGAUCAAGGGCUACUCCUCGCCGGUGGAGUUCUACGUCUCCAAGAUCGCGGAGGGUGUGGCCACCCUGGCGGCCUCCGUCUACCCCAAGCGCAUCAUCGUGCGUUUGUCGGACUUCAAGUCCAACGAGUACAAGUCCCUCAUCGGCGGGGAGGCGUACGAGCCCGACGAGGAGAACCCCAUGAUCGGCUUCCGCGGCUGCGGCCGCUACGCGGACCCCGCCUUCGAGGAGUGCUUCGCCCUGGAGCUGCAGGCCAUGAAGCGGGUCCGCGAGGACAUGGGCAUGACGAAUGUGGAGCUGAUGAUCCCGUUCGUACGCACCCUGGACAUGGCCGCCGACGUGUUGGACAUCCUGAAGAAGAACGGCCUCGAGCGCGGCGUCAACGACCUGAAGGUGAACAUGAUGGCCGAGCUGCCCUCAAACGUCUUCCUCGCCGAGGAGUUCCUGGAUUACUUCGACGGCUUCUCCAUUGGCAGUAACGACUUGACCCAGUUGACUCUUGGCCUCGACCGUGACUCAGGGCUGCCGCGGGUUUUGACGAGGAGAACCCGGCUGUGA